CGCAUUUUAUACCGGCCUACGAUUGGCACUGGGUGUUGGAGGGGAGGCCCAAAAGGACGUCAUAUUGGCUAAACAACUGUGGACUCACAACUGGUACCUCUCUGUUUAUUGACCACCAAACAUGUGUCAUACCUGUGAAGGAGCUGGAAGGGUUUGCAACAUCAUCCAGCCCUGCUCAAUCUGCAUCACUAGUUCAACCUUAUGUCACUACACUGAUCCCGAUAAACUCCGUCUGGUAUGGCAGCAAUCUGUUGAGCGUUAUGGUAGAGAUCAAGCUUUGGAGCGCCUUGCAAAUAUGGUAAAAGAGGAAGGAAGCCGAUCUUCCUCCGCAAAUACCAGCCAUUUAUCUGUUCCAUUGAAAAUGAAUUCGGGCAUCUUAAAGGCACAUCAUAUUGAUAGCAUGGGCCACUUCCACGGAGAAACUUCUGGAUUACUGACAUCUGCAAACAGGAACAUCUCAACUACCAAUGAAUUUAAUUUACCGCAGGUUACCAUUUCCCCUCCUGUGGUCUCAUCCUAUAACCAAACGCAUUUGCUGGAUUCAUACUUCACGCACGUCCACCCUCGAUACCCUUUUAUAUCAGAAAAAUGCCUGGCUAUUCAACUUCAAGCUCGAGCCAGUGGUCAGCCAAACUCUCUCUCAACCUUGUUCCUGUAUGCUAUUUUUGCUGCUGGAGCAAAAAUGAUGCCAACCAAUAUCGAGUUCUCAACCAGACUAUUCUUUGACUAUUGCCUGGAAAUCAAGCACUUGUACAUGGACAGACCACGUAUGAGCACGAUAUGUGCGCUGGCGCUCUUAUCAAGUUGCUGUCCAGAAACCACCUCCAACGGGCAAAGUUCCAAGAUGUUAUCAGCCAUGCUGGCAUCAGAAUCCAAUACAAUGGCUCGAAUCAUGGGCUUGCAUCGAAAUAUAAAGCCCUCCACCGAGUCUUCGGCUGUACAGCGGGACAGGUGUCGAGUGUUUUGGGUACUUUUUGUGUUAGACAGACUUUUCUCAAUGAACAAUGGAUACCCACUCACUUGGGACGAGAAACACAUUGAUAUCCAACCUCCUGUGGUAGAGGAUUAUGCCUCAGAUGAGAAAAUGGUAGUCGUUAUGCAAGACUUUCAUUACUAUGUCAAGCUUGGCAAAAUUGUGGGCAGGAUUUGCAAUCACUCUUAUACCACCAAAUCUGAAGACAUGCGAACAUCUUGGAAACUAGAUACGAUGCUUGCAACCCUCGAUUCAUGGCUUACUAGCUAUAUCUUGGAAUUACCUCAGCAUUUGCGUUAUGAUCCAUCCACUGUUGUGGCAAGACCUCGAACAGAGCUGGACAUCUCCCUUACGCUGCAGCAUCCUCCAAAGUCCCUGUUUGCUCGCCUUCUUCAUCUCAUUGCACAUACCUGUUUGAUACUUUUGCAUUCUCCAUAUAUAUCCGAUAGUGACAAGACGGAUGCUUCUCAACAAACCGUCGCCUCACAACCCUCCUUAGAUCUUUGUAUUUACGCAGCGACUCUCAUUACCCAUAUAACCUUUGUCAUGCAACAAGAAUACCCCAUUAUGACCUCGCAAUGCCCUUACACCAGCCAUUCACUUCUCAUAGCCAUUCGGAUCCACUUGAUGUGUGCCAUGUCAUCGGAUACGAAACUAACGACAGAGGGACGAAAAAAGUUUGUUCAAAGCGCAAACGUGUUACAGAGGAUAGCUGAAGAAGCAGGAAAAUUGUGGAUUAUGGACACUCUACAUGCCAUGAACAAUAUCUUUAACAUUCAAAAGCGAGCAGAACAAAACCUGCCACCUACACCAUCAUUAUCGCUGUCAUCGUCUGGCAAAAAAAUGAAGAUGCCAACACCAACAGAAGCAAAACGUAAAGGCAACAUUGCUGCAGCAACCAGUUUGAAUCAGACAAAGUUACGUCGAAAAAAAUCCACAAAACUUGGUUAUGCAGGAACUAGUGAACGUACUCCUAAUAACAUUCAGCUUUCCAGCCCGACCAAUUCUUUACCAGAACGCACGAUACCACCUGGGGGAAUAGCGAAUAUACAAGUCGCCGCCGUGGUACGGUCACCUUCCAGUGCAUCGAGUACCGGUUCAUCACCAAGUCAAAUCAAUGGAAUGGGACGGGAUAAAUCCCAAUCCCUCACAACAACCCCAAGCGUUAAGACGGAAUCGCCGGUUGGCCAAGACUCGCAAGUUUACCCUUCAUCCUUUGCCUUUCCCGUGGUGUUCAAUGGAACAUCUCAGCCAGUGGGUGAUUUCAUGGACUUGCACAAUUUGGAAACAUUUUCGCCCUUUCAGGGUGAUGCUUCUAUGCUGUACGCGAAUAACAUGUUUUCAUACCCAACGAAUACUCAAAGCAAUACGGUGAUGAUGGAUGCCAGAUGGCAACCACCUAACCCACCGUUUGACCCUACUUAUGGCUUCAAUGGACCACUCUGAAACACAUAUACAUAUACGAAGCUUCCCUUAUUUUGGUUUUCUUUUUUGAAAUUUGCAAAUUCUUAUUGCUUGAAAUUUUUUUUCUUAUAGUUUCUAUGUAACUGUCUAUUUUUUGUUUACUUUGUCGACCUUCACAGAUUAUCAUUCUCAAAAUAUUUCGUUUAGUUUUGAUGGGUUUUCUUUUAUUUUUUUUUCUCUUUAAAAGAAUUAUGAAGUGUGUAGAAUAAUUGGUACUUUCUUGCACUUUGCAACAGUAAAUAUAUUCCGCUCUGCAGUGGAUAAAACGAGA